AUGCUGCUCGCUCUUGCCGUGUUCUCCUCCCUCCUGCUGAAUGUCGGCGCAACGCCUCCUUAUCAUCAAUGCGGUACUCCUGAAGCAGAAAUCAGAAGUUAUAAGUGGUUCUUCGGCCAAUUUAAAAAUCAGCUGCAAUACGACGUCCACAUAGGAGAGGCCGCUCAUAAGGAAUUAUGGGACCACAUCAUUGAUAGAAGUUCGACACCACAAGCGAAAUUUGAGGACAAAAUGCGAAGUGCUCUACAAAAUUUCAAGCCCAAGUCUGCUCAGAUUUCUGCCCUUCCUAAGGGUGCACCCUAUGGAUGCAGCUGCAGGUGGAGUGUGUUUGACAAUACCAUGGACAUCUUGUGCUUCUUCCGAAAGUUUGUGUAG